AGAUUCCGUCAAGACAAUCCGCACUCGCACCGAUCCGACUCUUCGCAUCGAUCAACGAAAUCAGUCAAGAUGGUUCUCGCCGUUGACCUCCUCAACCCCUCCCCUGCCGCCGAGGCCAAGAAGCACAAGCUCAAGACUCUCGUGCCCGCCCCCCGCUCCUUCUUCAUGGACGUCAAGUGCCCUGGCUGCUUCACCAUCACCACCGUCUUCUCGCACGCCCAGACCGUUGUCAUCUGCCAGGGCUGCACCACCGUCCUCUGCCAGCCCACUGGUGGCAAGGCCAGGCUCACCGAGGGCUGCUCCUUCCGGAGGAAGUAGACUCGUCGCUUUGACGGGUUUCCUUUCUUUUGGGUUUCACGACGGAUAACGGUUCACGAUGGUGGCUCUCAUCUCGGAUCUGCAAAAAGCACCUGCGACAUGGCGUAUAGACAACACCCUGACAGGGGCUAUUAGAGCCUGCUGUUCCCGAUCAUAAUCAGACAGCCCUUUGCGGAUAGAAGAUGGGACAUCCAAAAAAAUCCUUGACCAACAAGGGGCGUUUGGGGUCUCCGGAUAUCUUGCAUCACAAUCGACGCAUUCUCUCUCGCACACGUUUCGUCCAUCUCUCUCUCUCUUCCACCGCCGAUCACACUUAUCCGUUUUUUCCUCCUCCGCCUUGUCCCACGGAAGGGACGCGUCCGCAUGGCCUGGGUGGGCAGCUGAAGACGGCUUUCCACAUGAGCACCAAUGGGUUGGUCUCACUUCGAGAUCAUCCCUUGAUGUGAGGACGUGGAACCGCUGAUUGAGGAUCGCUACAUACCCAAGUGCAGUGGACAGGAAGUAGCACUGUGCUUUGCGAAUUCAACGGUUUUCCACGAAAUGCGAUGCAAAUCCGGAGACUCCCCAAGGUGAAUGUGUAGUUGCGAUGUGACGAGCAUGAAGGCGCCGCUAUUGACUGUUUCAGAGUGCAUGGUUCUAGGCGUCAAUCCACUGAGCGCAAAGGCCAGACAUUGGUGGUCAACCAAACCAACUGUGAAAGGUAUGAGUCUCUCAGUUUGACUG